AUGACCGUCGCCUCGUUCUUCAAGGAGUUGUACUCUCUCGACACACUUGAUACCCGCUUUACAACUUCCUCUUCGACUCCCCUGAAACCUGCGAAUGGGACUGCCUUGACCAAGGCUUCAGCAGAAAAAGAUGGAAAACCCAGCAUACCUACAGAUGUGUCUCCUCCGAAGUGGAGGACACCAGAAUUCUACUUUUAUGCUCUGGUGUUCUUGUUCUGCGUGCCGCAGAUGUAUUGGGCGGUAGUGGAAGUUUCCCAACCUGACUCGCCCAAUUACUCCAAGUACGAACACUUGCUCUCCCAGGGGUGGCUGUUUGGCAGGAAAGUGGACAAUUCAGAUGGCCAAUAUUCUAGCUUUCGAGACAAUAUACCAUACCUUGCCAUUCUCGUUGUUGUCCAUCCGUUGCUGCGGCGGGCGUACGAGAGGUUGUCAACUCCGUCAACACCCAUCGGUAGCAACGACGCAAAGCAGACCUCAAGCGCUCACGUUGCAGAGCAGCGGCUCCGAAGACGUACCUCCUUCGACUUCUGGGCGGCAUUGAUUUACAUUGCUGCUCUCAACGGGACCUCUAUGCUCAAGGUUCUCCUGAUCCUCCUGAUCAAUUACAGAAUUGCAACGGCUCUUCCUCGUAGUGCUGUUCCCGUGACGACUUGGGUGUUCAACAUUGGCAUCCUCUUCGCGAACGAACUCACCCAAGGCUAUCGCUACACUAGCAUAGGCCAUGCCCUAGCACCUUUGGUGCCUUCUGCUGUGGAAUGGGGGAGGACACUCGAUUCAUAUGGGGGACUCAACCCGCGAUGGGAGGUUCUUUUCAAGAUCACGAUCCUGAGAAUGAUCUCCUUCAACUUUGACUAUUACUGGUCCUUGGAGAGGUCUAGGGCUGGCAGUCCCAUCGAGGUAAGCUAUCCCUCUGCCUCUCGGGCAACUGCAGACAGUGAGGUCGCGAGCACUGACAAUGUCAAGAAGAAACAACUCGACCCUGCAGCGUUGUCCGAGCGAGACCGAGUCGCGAUGCCUGCUCCAGCUUGGGCAUUUGCAUCGUUCCGGACUUACGUUGCAUACAUCCUAUAUCCACCCUUAUAUCUUGCUGGGCCAAUUCUGACAUUCAACGACUACAUCUCCCAAUCCUCGUACCAAGCAUCGUCGAUCUCGACGAGGCGCACAACACUCUACGGCAUCCGCUUCUUACUCACCUUGUUCUGUAUGGAGUUUCUCCUUCACACCGCAUACGUGGUUGCUAUCUCCCAAGUCAAACCUGACUGGUCAACGUACACACCGUUCCAGCUAGCCAUGCUGGCGUAUUUCAAUCUCCACAUCAUAUGGUUGAAGCUGAUGAUCCCCUGGCGAUUUUUCAGACUGUGGGCACUGAUUGACAGCAUCGAUCCGCCGGAGAACAUGGUCCGGUGCAUGAGCGACAACUACUCUGCUCUCGGGUUCUGGCGGUCAUGGCACCGAAGUUUCAACCGAUGGACGGUUCGUUAUGUCUACAUUCCGCUCGGAGGUGGUCCUGGCGGUGGGUCAGGAGUGGCCAGAGGCUUACUCAACAUGCUCGCUGUCUUUACUUUCGUGGCUCUGUGGCACGAUAUCAAUCUACGUUUACUCAUGUGGGGAUGGCUCGUCACAUUGUUUGUCCUGCCGGAAGUACUGGGGACGAUGGCGUUUCCGAAAUCAAAGUGGAAGAACAGGCCCACUGCUUACCGAGUUAUUUGUGGCAUAGGCGCCGUCGCGAAUAUCCUCCUCAUGAUGGCAGCGAAUCUGGUAGGGUUUGCUGUCGGGCUGGACGGGUUGAUGGGUCUCGUCCAUGGAAUCGCAGGGAGUUGGCAAGGGGCGAUGUUCAUGCUUGGUGCUUGCGGGGCGCUCUUUGUCGGUGUUCAAGUUAUGUUUGAACAUCGGGAGGAGGAGAAGAGAAACGGAAUUCGUCUAAAGUAUUGA